UGUGUGUGUGUGUGAGAGCUGGUUAUCAGUGUGUGGAUCAGCUCUCUGCAGGUGCAUUAAUGCUGUAUUACACUGGAGUGUUUCCUCUCUCUGAAGUCAGUCUCCUGUAUGUUGGUGUGUUUCUCACCACACUGCUGCGAGCGUCUCUCCUCACACACACACUCCUCUAGAGACGGAGGUGGAGUUCUGUUCAUCAGCGCUGACGCUCUUUUGAUAAAUAUGGAGAAAGAAAAAAACGCCUCCUCUGAUUUGUCUCUGAAAAUGUUUGAUGAUUUCCUCUCCUCUUUCUAAUAAGGUCAUAGUGAGUGUCAUUGGCAGCUGUGGGGAGCUCUCUCUCUCUCUCUCUCCCUCUCUCUCUCUCUUUCUCUCCCUCUCUCUCAGUUUCUUCAGUCUCUCUGGGGGAGUGGAGGUGAAGCUUGUUCUGCUGUUGAGUUGAACGGACUGUGUGCAGGUCAGAGGGAGAUGGACAGCUGUGUGGCUCUCAUUCUUCUGUCCUCUGCAAUCACACUCAGUACAGCUGACAAUGUGAGGUUGGUGGAUGGUGGCAGUCGCUGUGCUGGGAGAGUGGAGGUUCUUCACAGAGGACAGUGGGGAACAGUGUGUGAUGAUUACUGGGAUAUGACUGCUGCUGCAGUUGUGUGUAGAGAGCUGCGCUGUGGAGAGGCUGUAGAUGUACUGAGUAAAGCUCACUUUGGACCAGGAUCAGGCCCAGUCUGGAUGGAUGAUGUGUACUGUAGUGGAUCAGAGUCCACACUGAAGAACUGUUUAUCAGCAGAAUGGGGAAAUCAUAACUGUAAUCAUUCUAAAGAUGCUGGAGUCAUUUGUGCAGGCCACAUGUCCAGACUUACUGAUGGUCCUCAUCUGUGCUCUGGGAGAGUGGAGGUUCUUUAUGGAGAGACCUGGUCCACAGUGUGUGAUGCUGACUUUGACCUGCAGGAUGCAGAAGUCGUGUGUCGAGAACUGGGCUGCGGGCUUCCUGUGGAGGUGCUUGGAGCUGCUGCCUUUGGCAGAGGGGAGGGUCAGGUGUGGUCAGAGGAGCUUCAGUGUAGAGGCAAUGAAACUGAGAUUUAUUUCUGUCAAAAAGCAUCUUUAUUCAAACGCAGCUGCUCCCAUGAGAGUGAUGUGGGACUGGUGUGUGCUGGUUACACUGAAGCUCGGCUGGUAAACGGCUCUGACUCCUGUUCUGGUCGAGUGGAGCUCCAGUACCUCAGUGAAUGGGGCACAGUGUGUGAUGUAAGCUGGGAUAUGAGAGCUGCCAGUGUCCUCUGUGGUCAGCUGAACUGUGGGAGUGCUGUGGCUGUGUUGGGGUCAGAUUGGUUUGGGGAGGGGAGUGGCCAGAUCUGGGCUGAUGUGUUUGAUUGUCAGGGGAACGAAACACACCUGUCAAAAUGUCCCAUUUCAUCAUGGAGUCGAACUGCAUGCUCUCAUAAACAGGAUGCUGGAGUCAUUUGUAGUGUUUCCUCACUGGAGUUUCAUGAGGGGCGAGUGAGGUUGUCUGGAGGGAUGGAGUGUGAGGGGGAGGUGGAGGUGUACUUCAUGCAGGACUGGAGGAGAGUUCUGCUGGACUCCUGGAGUGAGUCUGUGGCCUCUGUGGUCUGCAGACAGCUGGGCUGUGGCUCUGUGAUCAGCUUCUCCAGCUCCUCUACAUCCAGUCCUGAACACAGUCACAUGUGUGUGACGGGCUUCAAUUGUUCUGGGAGUGAAGCUCAUCUGGGGAACUGCAGCAGCGCACAAGCAGUCGACUGCAGCUCCAGAGAACAGCUCUCAGUCACCUGCUCUGAUAAGUUUAAUCCAGCUCACAGCUCCAUCAGGCUGGUUGGUUCUGGGGGAGACUGUGCAGGAAGGCUGGAGGUUUUCCACAGCGGCUCAUGGGGGACAGUGUGUGAUGACUUGUGGAAUAUUGAGGAAGCACAGGUGGUGUGCAGACAACUGCAGUGUGGAUUGGCCCUCAGUGCUCUGGUACCAGCCCGAUUUGGGCCUGGAACCGGACCCAUAUGGCUGAAUGAGGUGGAGUGUGAUGGAAAUGAGACGUCCCUGUGGAACUGCAGACACCAUUUUUCUGGAGAGGAUGAAUGUGAACACAAGGAAGAUGUAGGGGUUGUGUGUUCAGAAUUUAAAGAGUUCAGACUCACUGAGGGCUGUGAGGGGAAUCUGGAAUUGUUCUACAAUGGAACCUGGGGUAAUGUGUGUGGAAAUGGGAUGGAUGAAGAAACAAUGAGUUUGAUCUGUCAAGAGCUGAACUGUGGAAGAUCUGGCAGUCAGAGGGCUACCAAAGCAAGAGUGGAAUCAGCUCCUAACUGGCUGGAUGAUCUGACAUGUAGAAAACAUGACUCCACUCUGUGGCACUGUCCGUCUUCACCCUGGAGGGAGAACAGCUGUUAUAAUAGCGAUGAGGUGGCUCACAUUACCUGCUCAGAAAACAAAAAUCGUAAUGUGUUUCGAAGUCAUCUAAAAUGCUCCUCAUCUCUCCAUCAGGCCUAUCAGAGAAAAUGCUCAAAACGCCUGCCUCUUAGAUUGAUGAGAGGAAAUGGAAGCUGCUCUGGGAGGCUGGAGGUGUAUCAUAACUCUAAGUGGGGGUCCAUCUGUGAUGAGCUUUGGGACAUCAGGGAUGCUCAGGUGGUCUGCAGGCAGCUGGGCUGUGGGCCGGCGCUGAGUGCUGAUGGGAGUGCUGUCUUUGGUGCUGGUGAAGGGCCUAUCUGGCUGAACAGAGUGAAGUGUAGAGGGAAUGAGAUUCACCUGUGGGACUGUCCUCAUUCCCUGAAGAACCACACUGACUGCUCCCACAGGCAGCACGCUGGAGUCACCUGUGAAGACAAAUCUAUGCCUUCUACUACUACACCCAUAAUUCCAACCACCACCACCACAGUUGGUCAGCCAGUUAAGAGAAAAAUCCCUCCUCCACAAACUCUUCUACCAACUACUCCAUCCAUCUAUCCAGUCUCUCUCCUGCUUCUGGGAGUGCUGCUCUUCGUGGCCUUAGUGCUUCUGGUUGUGCUGCUUUAUCAGAACAGAGUGCUCAGGAGAGUGCUCUCUAAGAGGAGAAAUAAGACUUUGACUGAGGUAGUCUAUGAGGAGAUCGACCGCAGAUACAUCACUAAAGGAAAUAACUCCACUCAAAGGGGAAGUAUCCUCUCUGAAGCACAGCAUUCAGGAUAUGAGAAUGUGGAUGAGGAGCUUCUCUCAGGAAGUGUCCCCUCUGAAGAACAGCAUUCAGGAUAUGAGGAUGUGGAUGAGGAGCUCCACUUGGGUGAAUCAGCAAAAGAGGACACAGCAGACAGCUAUGAUGAUGUCAUCACUGCUGGACAGAUCUCUGUUAGUGUAGCAGAGGGCUUAGCGGAGAUUUAUGAUGAUGUCAUCACUGCUGAUCAGAGCUCAGCUGCUGUAACAGAUGUCUAUGAUGAUGCUGUUACCAUGGGACCAAACUCCAGCAUUAUGGAAAUGGACACUCGAGAGAGCAAUGAGGAUAUCAUCACUAAUGAACAGGAUGAAGGGCUAAAAGAUUAUGAUGAUGUGGAGGAGGAGCCUUAGACAGAGAUGAAUCAUGUGACCACUGCCAGUGUCUUUCCUCAGGACAUUAUAUUCAAACCUCUUCGGACG